CGAGAACGAGCGGCACCGCGCAGCUGCGCCCCCGAAAUGCCACCACCAACGCGAGGCUGUUGGAAUGUAAACGCCCUGUUAUUCAUGGCCUUCAUGCCGCCAACUCCCUGCGAUAAGGCGGACGCAGGAACACCACCGCGCGGAAGCGGAAAGGCGGUGUUUCAGAGACGUGUUAUGAAGCUUUGGCGAAGCAUCUGUCGCGCGGCAGCCCCUAUGUUCUGUAUCGCACGAGAGCAAGGAACCAUCGCGGGGGUUGAAACACUUUUUGAUUUACAGCCAGAUGAUCCCGCCUAGUUACAGGAGUGUACAGGACGGUAAGAAUGCCGAAUGAGAUCCACCAUAUCUUCGACACAUCAGAAGACAGCCAACCUUGCGGACUAUCCACCCGACUGUCGAACAGCAGACUCCAUCAACCACCACCCGUCCUUCUCUCCUCUUGGU